GGAUCAGCUGGAGGCAGCAAUAACAGAGGGAAAAAACUGCAGGGGAAAAAAAAUAGACCAAGAGUAGGAAAAAAAUCUGCAGAUGUUAUUAUCUUGACAUCGGUGUAAAUUCAUGUUUUACACGAAGCCCUUCUUCUAAGAAGAAAGCCUUUUAUUUUGUAUUAUGGUGUUUUAACUACCUCACUAAAGGCUACCUAAAGCUAUGCUUUAAGAAUUGUUGUCGUUUCUACUGUGUGCUCGUUUACAACUUGAAUUAUUUUGCAAAGGCAGGCCUUUGCUGUGAAAACCAAGUAAAACCUUACAUUUGCACUACGGGAGCCCCCAAGUCAACCAACGCCAUCCAGCAAAAAAGGGCUGAAAGUGAAUGCGUCUGCGAAACACCGUGCUAAAGUAAUAAGCAAACACAACUAAAUCCAUUCAAAAGGCAGCUAGCUUUUCCUUUGGAGGAAGACAACCACACACAGGACCGAACCCUUCUACAGCCGACCCUCACACCCACGGCCGUUGACCUAAGGUGGAGCAAUGUUCCAACGUCUGAGCAGCCUGUUCUUUGGGGAGGUGGAGGAGGUUGCCGCUGAGCUGAAGGGGCCCAACCCCUGCGUGACGGAGGCUGAUGAAGAGGGGUGGAUGCUGGUAAACCUUCCUGAGGAAACUGAUUGCGUGAUGGUAGAAGGUGGAAGUGAUGUGCCAUUGAUAGCACAAUCGCUCCCUCAAAACAACCAAUUAGAUCAAUCAGACACGUCUUCAAGGACUGACUCCCCCGACCCCGUCCCUCCCCCACCUCAAAAACGUCGCAGAACACACAAACCUCGGGCACAAACCUCUGAGUCCUUGUGCUGCCCAACCGCUAGCCUGUUAGCCUCAGGUGUGGCUACACCCGUCACCUUUCCCAGACGGGCCAGACUCUCCACCCCUUUCAGCCCAUCUGUGUCCCCUGGUUCUGGGAAAGGAGCCACGGCAGAGACCAGCCCUAUGGAAGACCUUCUCAUAGAACACCCCAGCAUGUCUGUCUACGUGUCCACUGGGAACAUGUCCAUGGUCUCCAAUGGCAACCUGUCCAUGGUGGGGGAGGAGAGCAUCUCCAGCCUGGCAGGAAGUGUGAGUCGUGUUGCUGAGCCAGCAGCCGCCCCUGCCACCCGAGGCUCCAUGCCCACCAGGGUGACCCGUGGACUGGCUGCCCAGGCCGGCUCCCUGGCCAAAGUCACCCAGGUGGCCCGGGUCCAGAGGGGAAAAGCCCGCACUGAGAGGCGCCACCUGGGCCGCAACCGCAUUCAGCGGCAAAAUCGUACCAAGGAGCAGGGCCCUCGCCACGCGGCACAUGCCAGAAACACCUUCCUGCACCAGCCCAGCCAGCGCAAUUUCUGCCACUGAGCCUUCAUGUCUGUAGGGGCUGAUGUUUACUCUGAAUAUUAGUGUAGACACAGACCCCAACCCAGUAACACACAUAUGUACAUGUUAACACAUACAUAUACAUGUAUACAUAGAGUAACACCCUCUUAAAAAGAAACAUUUGAAUGUACUUAUUAUGGCUCCCAUUCUGCCAAAACUCUAUUUAAUUAAGACAUUGUAUAAAGGUAACAACAUGUUAUUUAGCUAUACUUGCUUAAUAGAAGCAUGCUACACAAUCCCAUCAAUUUAUUUCCCUAAAAAAUAAAAA